CUAAUCCGGCACUCGCUGCCAAACGCCUACGCGAGUCACCCUCGUGAGCCCAGUUGCUAUACAGCCUCCACCCCUCCUCCCGUCCUCCUUCACUCCGCACCCGAACUCCCUCGCCGGACCUCUCCUCGCCUUGCCAUGGCAGCCGCCGCACUCAUAGCACGGCUCAACGCCCAUAUGGAAUCGAUGUACGCCGAGGGUACGGUGGACGAGGACACGUUCGAGGAGCUGCGGGAGGAUGGCACCGCCGCCGAGGUCGCCCGACAGUUCAUCGAGGACGCCUACGAGAUCCUCCACGACAUCGACACCCUCAUGGAGGAGCCCGUAGUGGACUUCGACGAGGUGGAAGCCCUGACGCAGCAGCUCAUGGAGUGUACCUCCAGGUGAUGAGUUCACAAUCAUAAACCCUUUCUCUUCCACCCGCUUAUUUUUAACUGUAUAUAUGUUUGCUGUCUGAUUCAGAUCUGUUUCUAGUUGUACUCCUACUAGGCAGCAAAGGAUUCUAUUCAAAAAAAGGAAAAAAAAAACGCUUGCACUGUCGUGUAGCCGUAAUUAGAAGAAUCGAGUUUAGUUGCUUUUAAUGUAACGGAAUUACCGGUAUAUAUCCCAGUUAAUGUCAACGACUCAACGUUAUGAUGAGGAUAAACUGUUGUUGUUUUGCGAAUAUAUCUGGUAUUAAUGAUACGAUACUAUGCGUAUCGGUAACGGUGUUUCUUCUGGUUUGUCCAUGACAUCGAUGUUGUUGCUAUUCGGGUAUGUCGCACAUGGUGUGCACCUCAUAGGGCAUGACCGCACGAGUCUCGUGUCGUUUGCGGGCGGCUGCCAUAUAGCCAUAGAUAAAACAUCUGAGUUGUUUUAGUCGUAUCUCAUGCAAGAAUUGUUGGUGCCCCUGCCAAUGGCAAUGGUACAGCUUGGGGAGUUUUUUCGUUUUGCGGACGUUUCUUGCACUAUAUAGGCCCAGUUCUUUUGUCAGAAUGUAGGGAUUCUCCUAGAAUCUGACCCCUCCCCAGCUUCUUUCAGAAUCUUUGAGCCCCAUUUAUUUUACAAUCCUAUC